CUUCUAACUACUGAACUGAACUUCCCCUGUUUCAUAAUUGUUCUUCUGUUUCUGCUACAGCGGCAAUGGGAGACAAUGCUAAUCAUCAUCACGGCAAGGAGGAGGUAGAGUUGAAGCACCUAUGCAAGUACUGCGGCAGGCGCUUCCGUAGCGGGAGGUCGUUGGGAGGUCACUUAAGGUCUCAUAUGCAGCUGAUGAGGCAACCUCAAGCUGAUGGGAAAGUCUUGUUCGUACGGAAGCUCCCACCACUCUCCUACUACACUGAAUUUCCCUUUUUCUGUUACUCAGACUACUCAAACUCAGACGUUGGGGUGCCAAAGAAGGAGGAUGGUGAUAAUGUGGAAGCUUUUCUAGCGUCCUUGGACCCGAACCAUGAAACAUGUCCCAGUCGGACUGUGUUCAAAUUGUUACGUGAAGGAGCAAUCGGUUGCCUCACCGCACUUCUCGAGCGCAAACUCUCUCACAAUCGCUUGGAUCUGUUUGCUUAUCCUGACAGCUGCCGACCGCUCAUAUUUGAAGCUGCUGAGCUCGGGUUCUAUGGGGCGGUCGAGCUGUUUUUGCAACAUGGGGUUCCUCCCAGUGCCAGGGUACCAACACAUUAUCGUCAACCGGAUCAGCUUCCAAUCGAUGCCGCAUUAUAUGCGAGUUGCUUGGAUCAGUUUGAUUCGGCACCCAAGGGCAAGAUCUAUUAUGAUCAAAGGCUCUGCACUUUGAUGCACUGGCUUCCCAAAUGGAUCAGCUACGAUUUCGACUGGUGGCACACGGUCAAGCUGCUGGGGCGGGCCACCGAACAAGGGCUGCUGGAGAUGAGGAUUCUGCACUAUGCAAGGUACGGCCAAGCUCCCAAGCUGCUUUGGCUCUUGCUCGCGGUACCUGACCGAGUUCUCUCCCCAACAUUCUUCAGGGACACCAUUCUCCAGCAGCGUUUUGGAACCGCCCCUUUGUCACUCCGGGAUUUCCUUAUUGCUCAGCUUGCUUUUCUCACUGGCAUUAGCCUCGCCAUUGAACCCAACCGUAGUCUCCCCUAUAAAUCUAUCCGCCACGAUCUGCACUGCAGGAUAUCAAGCAUCACUUGUUCCCUGCAAUUGCUCGAAGUCUUCCGCAGGGCUGGCCCCCAGUUGUGUAACGUAAUGGCAAUGUUAGAGAAGGAAAAGGAGAAGAAAUGGGAAAGGGAAAAGGAGAGGGAAAUAUAUCCUCUUCUUCCCGAUUACCCAAUAGCUCAACAGUUUAAGACUGUGCUCAAGGAAGCUGGCUUUCCGAUGGCUUCUCUACGUUGGUAACUUCCGCUAAUUUCGAUUUUGCAUAAUCCACAUAUAUGCGUAUAAAGUUUGACUGUUGUUUGUUGACAGCCCGGUCAGGACCGCCCAUCCGAGCGAGGAGACGAUGCAUGGUGGCUAUCAUUACUGGUAACUAUCCCAAUAAGUUUAAGAUACAUGGCUUCUCUUGUUGAUGUUCUAUGCACUUUUACUUGUACCCAAACUUAACCUGGUUGCUCGGUGGUCCUGUAGGAUGAACCUGCGAGACGAUUACCCUGGAUUGGAGCUCUUGAUUCGACCACCACAUGUCUGCAGGAGUAAAAUCCUUGAUUCGGACUUCAACAAGGCCAUCGAGAAGUUAUGCCAUCAUCCUUGCUUGAAGGAAUGGACAUCCCAAAUGUCCAUUUUCAAGCUGCUUUUCAUAUUUUGCAUCCCUGACGUGGUAGAAAAGAUGCAAUCCGUGUUACCGUUGGAGCCCAAGUAUGUCAACCCUACAACUGUUAUCCAACCCGCGUAUCUUGCUGAGUUGUGCUUCAUCUAUAUCACGGAGGGCCAAAUUGUUAAUUUCACAGCUGCUCUAAUGGCUGCGCAAGUUCUUCUUCGGUUGGGGUAUCCACUACGUCCUCAAACAUCUCGUCAUAGCAAUAAUGAUGUGGAUCAUCAUCAUCACAAGUCUGUCGCCCCUACUGUAUAUGAGUGGUUGCUGCAUGCUUUGAUGAGAGUGCUUGAUGAAGAAAUAAGCUUAACUGGGAAACCGAAGGACAAUGACUCUGUUCAGAUUUGCAAGGAGAAAAGAUUGAUGAUAUCAUCUGCAUUCCAACUAACAAAGAUAUUCGAUACAGCUGCACAAGAUAUUAAUUGGUAUCUUCACUCACCAAGAUAUAAGGAAGUUGCUGAUUUGAAGUUGAUAGUAAACGAUGUUGCUUCCUUGUUAAAAGGCACGGGCUUUGCGUUAAGACCUCAGGAUAUCUACGUGAAUGACUUGAACUGUUUCUCGAGCAAAUCAGGUUCCAGCAAAACCAAGUUACGUGGAAAUUCAUCAUCCUUCGGACCACUUCCGCAUACAGGAAAGUCGCUGACAAUUUCCACAAGAACCAUCAAGUCAUCCUUCAGCGCUCCAUGCAUUAGCGAACUUUCAGCUCCAUCCAUUGGCAAACAUUCAGCUCGCUCUUAUCACUCAUUCCCAACUUCAAGGUACCAAGGGAAUAAGUCCUUGUCGUUACCACCGGGGAAUGGGGUAAGUUCUGUAGAAAAAAAAGUGGAAGCGACAAGACGAUUAGAUGCUAUGUCAAGGAAGAAUUGGAGGUUCUUGGCAGUGAUAAAGAGGGCAAUGAUGCGAUUCUAACAAGCAUUCUUAACCGCAUCAAUGGAUGACAAUAACUCAUUUAUAUCUCUGGAAUCCCACCGAGAUUCUGCUCGGUCAUGUAAAAUAAGCGAGCUUGAAUAAACUCCGAACUUGUUGUAUAUUAGAGACAGAGUGGGCGGUUAUGAAUUCACUACCCAUCUCCAAGCUAUUUUGACUGCAUAUGUAUGUGUAUUGAUUCUAGUGCUGACCACUGAGGAAGUAAUAAAGAUCCAACCUG